AUGUCACAAGGCGGCUUUCAAGGCAGAGAUAAUCGCAAUCAAUCUGACGAACAGGAGUCAAGUGAUCUUCGAGAAGGAAAUCGAGACAGGUUCUCGGAUUCUCAUCAACCAGACGGAGAUUGGACGUUUGGUGAAGGCUCUCAAAGUCGAGGAGGUCGUCCGAACGAACGGUUUGGUGGUCCUGGCUUUGGACGAAAUAUGAGGAACGAAAGCAGUGGUUUCGGAGGAAGAAGUAAUAACUUUGGUAGGGAAAAUCAAAAUGACAGCUAUGGUCGCAGUUACCCAGCUGGAGAAGGAUUCAGAGGAAGGGAAGGCUUUGGAUCUGGCUUUUCUACGAAUGACGAUAUCGGGUUUGGCAAGUCUGGCUUUGGCGGUUCCGGUUUUGGUCGGAGUGUUACUUCUAGCUUCGACAACCGUGACACAUCUUCGUUUGGUGGUAUAAGGGACGAUAGCCGAGGAUGUAGAGAAUUUGUUUCUGGAGGCGCCUAUGGAGAUAGGGAGCGUGCGCCCAGAAAUUGGAAUCCAGAAAUGGACAUGAUUGAGACAUUGUUUAAACGCGAUGCUCUGAAUGCGGAGUAUUUU